CUAUAACCUUCAUAACUAUCCUCCCAGUUUUCUUCCCGUGUUUGCCUCCACUUUCCAAUUCUCCUCCCUUCCUCAAACACCCCAUCACAACCAUCCCAUCUCGCUACCGCAGCAACAACCCGCUACUUCCUACCCCCCGCCCUCUCCCAAUACCGGUAGCCCUCGAUUACAACACCCAGCCCACCGGGUGCGUAGCAGUUGAAAUUAAGCUCCCCUCUUCCAACAUCCCACCACAACCACAACCCGUUUUUUUCCCUUCCCUUCCCACUUACAACACCACCACUACCCACAAACCAUAACCGCAACAUAACCCACAACAGUCGCAAGCUCUUCGGCCAUGACAAAGGAUAGCAUCCUUCUAUCGCUCCCCGAAGAGGUCAUCGAAAAUACCCUCAAAUUUAUCCCAGAUGACGACAGUGCUCUACUUGAUAUCAGUUUGGUCUGCAAGAAACUCUAUCGCCUCUCGAACUCUCCAUUAGAAUGGCGGACAAGGUGUCGACGGUUUCGCUACUGGGAGCCUCGGCACGAGUACCAGAAAAAGGUCAAACACCCUCUGCCAGCUGAGGUGGAUUGGAGGUCUUUGUUCGUUGAGAGGAUCUAUUCGUACAAACGCACUACAAUGUUGUUGAAUGAGAUCAUUUCCUCGCCUGUAGAUCGAAUAAACAAAUUCAAUAAAAUCGCGGACAUUGGCUGCGAUGCGAAGGAUUGCUUGGCAGAACACGCAAAUGCUUCUGACGACGUUGAGGACGUUCUAGCUCGGAGAUGGUAUGCAGCUGCCGCCAUCCAUUAUAUCCAUAGGAGACAGGCCAUAAUGGGAUGGAAGAAAUUGGCUUCCGGGGAGGACAUCUCUCUUGAAUAUGCCCUAGGCUGCUUUGAGCUUUUUAUCCUGAAGACACCGGAAGGCGAUAUCGACGACAUCUCAGGGAUACUCGACGAGUUAGCCGCCCGGUUCAGGUCCGAGACCGCCAAUUUUGCGGACAUGUCGACGAAAGCGAAGGCACUUGCUCUGUGUACAUACAUGAAUCGGGAAGGAUUUCGGGGAGCUUCGUACGAGAGUUACCGCGCCCUCAAGAACGCCUUCAUUGGCGUUUCCCUGCGUACAGACCGUACGAACCUGCCACUAACCGCAACAGCAAUAUACUGUAGUCUCGCCACUCGGGUAGGCCUAGCCGCGUAUCCAUGCAGUUUUCCGUAUCAUGUCUUGGCGAUAGUACGCAACGAGGAUGGAAACUACAUUUAUCUGGACCCCUUCCGCGGAGAAGGCAGUGACCUCCCUGUUCAGGGCCUAGAACAUCAGCUGAGCGAGUUGGGAGUUGGAGCCACAAAGGAUGAAUUCCUAUGUCCAUCGCCAACCACCGACAUUGUCCUACGUACCUCACGCAAUAUACUAGAGUCUCUCCGACGUGCUCCGGGGCCACCCGAUAUCCAGCAGGAAGCUGUCGAAAUUGACCGUCAUUCAGCUCUAUAUGCGGCCCUAACAGCGUCAGCGCUAUUGGGGCCGCGGAUCACGCUGAAUGUGGUACAGCAUAUGGCAAGACGCAUCCAGGACGAGUAUUCCAUGGACGUCCAGUUUUUCGAGGAGGACAUAGUCCCCAAGCUGGAGGACCGGAAUGCGCGGGAACUCCUGUUAGAGAAGUGCGGAGAGCUGCGGGCAGAGGAUUCUGCUCAAAGACCCGUUUCCCGGAGAGAGAACUCGGAUGGGAAUGACGUUAGGUACCGUGUCGGAACUGUCUUCGUUCAUAAACGAUAUCCAUUUCAAGGGGUAGUGUUUGGCUGGUCACGAACGUGCGCUCCAAGAGAGGGAGAGGAGUGGAUGCAGACUAUGGGUGUUGACACUUUGAGCAGAGGACGGCACCAACCAUUCUACCUUGCGUUAGUGAUGGACGGCAGCGUACGCUACGUAGCAGAAGAGAACAUCGUCGUUUCCCAAACGGACCCGGUCGAGUCUCUGAAAAAGCUGGCGGGCAAGUACUUUAAGAGAUAUUCCAGGGCGGAGAGAAUGUUUAUUUCCAACAUCCGCGACGAGUAUCCCGACGAUUAAAAAAGUUGAAGCCCCUAUUUUCCCAUCGCCUCUUUCUACUUUUCUUUUCCUUGUCAAGAUGCAUAUUUCGAGGGAGGGGGCACGUCUAAACAUCUAUUGCUCCCCUCCUUCCCACUUUUCUCGUCUCAAAUGCCGCAUUUUCACGGUUGCAUAUUAUCAUUUGUUUGGCGCAUCGAUGGAGUUUUCCCCUUCUCCCUGUUCUUCUCUCAAUAUUAUCACCUACAUUAAUCAAGACCCCGGCCACCAUGAUGUCACGUUAA